AUGCUGACCCUACUUGUCUUCUUCGUUGUUAUUGUGGCAGCGGUAUACUAUAAUAUUGUCGAGCCUCUAUUCCUCGACCCCAAGAGCAAAAUACCCGGACCGAAGCUAUUCGCCUUUACCAAAUGGCGUUUGGCUCUAGAAGAUUUUAGAGGCAGUAGGACGAGGGCCAUCCAUGCGCUACACGAAAGAUAUGGUCCUAUCAUUCGUAUCGGUCCUAACGAGAUUCAUUGCAACAGCCUGAAUGCUCUUCGCACAAUCUACGGCGCGGGAAGCGGUUUUGAGAGAACAUGGUUUUAUCGCAUGUUUGACGCAUACGGAAAACAGAACCUCUUCACCUUUGAAUCUGGCAAGGACCACGGUGAACGCAAGAAGCUGGUCGCCAACGCGUACUCGAAAUCUUUAAUGCUCACAGGACCGGCUGCUCGUAUGGUACAGGAAAAGGUUACUCAAUACCUGGCACUACUCAAGGCGCAAGGAGAACAGCCACAGGAGAUCUUUAGCAGUCUGCACUAUUUCUCCCUGGAUGCAAUCACUCAUUUCCUCUAUGGCCCGUCUCAUGGUGGCACUUCUGCGUUGAAAGGUAACGCCCAACACCGUGCUUUGCUCAAUGAUAUCGUUGAUCCGACUCGCCGCUAUCUCAGUUGGUUCGCUGUACAUCAGCCUGCAUUGACCAAAUGGAUGUAUACGCGUGAAGGUCUGCUGGAGCAACUACUCAGACCAAUACUGCCCAUGCAGAAGCCGACCACUUAUACUGGAAUUCGCAAGCACGCGCUCGAAGCUUUCCAUCGCUUCAAAGACGCGGCAGAGACGAAGUCGGACAUUCUGGCCUCGGAAUCGAGUAUUAUAUCGCGAUUGUGGACAUCGCAUGAGAGCGUGAAGGGGUCUGGACCUCGAUCUCUGGACUCUCUCGAUAUUGCAUCCGAGUGUGCAGAUCAUUUACUUGCUGGAAUCGACACAACAGCAGACACCCUCAUGUUCCUGAUCUGGGCAUUGUCACAACCGCAAAACUCGCAUAUACAGAAGCAACUAGUCGAGGAAGUGCGCUCACUAUCCGACGAUGCCUUCGAAGAUGGAGUGCCCAAACUCGACGCCAUUGACAAGCUGCCAUAUCUGGAUGCGGUGAUCAAAGAGACUUUGCGCCUUUAUGCCCCAUUGCCAGCUUCAGAGCCUCGCUCGCUGCCCACCGACUGCGUUAUCGAUGGCUAUAGAAUUCCUGCACGCACUAUCGUCAAUAUGUCACCAUACUCUUUGCAUCGCAACGCUGAUGUCUUUGAAUCGCCACUAACUUUCGAUCCUGAGCGAUGGCUUGGACCAACGGACAAAGUAAAUCUCAUGAACAGGUGGUUCUGGGCUUUCUCGAGCGGUGGCAGGAUGUGUAUAGGACUCCAGUAA